AUCUUAUGGUCGUCCGAUGUUAUUUUGUUUGAAGAUGAACUUCAUGAUAAUGGUAAAAACAUUCUGACUGUAAGAAUUCGAGUUACCAAUUCUUAUUUUUAUGUGUUGCAACGUCUCUGGGUGAGGGUUGAUGGAGUGAUAUUUCGUCUAAAAGAGACCCGCCUG